AAAAGCAAAAACAAUAAUUCAGCAAUCACCACUUCAACAACCAAAAAGAAAAGAAGAAGCAAAGACAUCUAAGGAUAUGGUGAUGAUGAAGAAAACAGGGAUUGCCGUUUUCGUUCUUCUCUUGGCGCUUUCCUAUUCGGAAAUUGCCACCGCCGGUCCGGAAGACUGCAUUGACUCUUGCUACACUGGCUGCGUUCAACGCAACACAAGGCUUAUGCAACGGUGUGAAGGUAAGUGCAGGAUCCGAUGCGGUCCAGAUUCUGAAGUGAAACAGCAUGUUAAUGAAGUCAAAAAAGGCUAGGAAAGACAAGUGGGUGUAUGAUCAUCUCUUCUGUUCGUUGUUUCAAGAAUCAGUCCUAUGAAGACGAAAAUAAUAAGGAUGGAAAGAUGACAUACUUUAUUUAGUAGUAUUCGAAUAAAUAUGGACUUUUAAUGUGAAUUUUGCUUGAAUUAAUAUGCAGUUGUUGAACAAUUUGUUGUUUAACUAUGCUGGUAAUUAAUGCUGAUAAUUUGUGUUUAAUUCGCUUAAGCGAUCUGACCAAUCAUGAUUAAUAGGAAAGAAAA